AUGAAUGUCACUCCAGUAGAGCUACAGCGAAGAGAGUCUAGAGACGAGGCUGGAAGCUCAGAUGUUGAUGGCUACGACCCCGAGAUGCCUAUAGCGAAAAGCCCUGAAGCUGAAGAGGCUGGUGAGCCUAAUGACUUGGAUGCUGGAAACACAGAUUCCAAGACACCAGUUUCUAAUGAAGAGGCACCAAAAGAUGAGUCAGACGACGAAUACGACCCCGAAAGCAUGGAUCCGUCACCAGAGCCAGAUAAUGGUGACGUGGAAAGUACAGCUUCAGUGAAUGAAGACGACGACUACGACCCGGAGAAUGGGUUAGCUUCUCCAGAAGUGAAGGAGACUGAAAAGCCUGUGCCUUCGUUACCUUCGAAACCUAAUGUGGCUCCUGCUUCAAGCUCUGAUGAACCACCAACCCUGCUUAAGGAAGCAUACGAUGCUAUCAUGCAAAGUGACCUCGUGAAAAGACCAGAGUUCAAGCAGUUGAGCCAAGAGCAGCAGAUGGCCCUAAUCGAACAACAGCUCAGGGAGAAGGGGAUACAUUUACCACAGCUUGACACUGCCCUGGAUAUGAACUACGACCAGGUAUACUCGUUCAACAAGCCGUUUGACAGCAGGAACCCAAUACCGUUGGUGCCAAAGAAUAAGUUCUGCAGAAGACCUAACAUUACGGUGCCUAUGUCGACUGAAGAGUCUGAUGAGUUUACCAAGUAUCUUGCGGAGGAAGCAAAGUACCAAGAUAGGAGAUCGCUUGACGAGUUCCCGGAGAGAUCCAGACUCUUUAUCGGUAACUUAUCAACAAAUACUAUCUCCAAAGAGGAUUUGUUCAGGAUUUGCAAUAAGUACGGCGAGGUCGUCAGCAUUACCUUAAAAGGUGGCUACGGAUUUGUUCAGUUCAAAACCGCUGAGCAGUGCGCUGAUUGCAUCAAAGGCGAAACAGAUGUACCUCUUCAUGGAAGACUUAUGCGACUUGACGCUUCCACUAAUUCGAAGAAGUCUUCUCAUGAAAACGUUCAAUUUCGUGAGAGAAGCGCAGAAAACUCCUCAGACACAGUCACCAGCGAAAACAGUGGCCCUGAUUGCCAAAUAUUCGUCACUGCUGAUAGCUCCCCAGAGAUCGUUAAGGCUACAACUAAGGCGUUUGAAGAUGCUGGGUUUGUUCUCAAGAUUGACGAUAUUGGCGAGCAAGACUUAUCUGAGGUUAUUCCAGACGCUGCCUAUUCUGGCGUUCUUGCUGCAUGUAUCAUCAAGGGUGAGAAUGUCGAUUUGCAGACUUUUGUGGAAACUGAAGAUGGAGGUAUCAAGUUUGAUGAGUAUGUCGACCUAGCUCCACUGGUAGCUGUCAAUGUUGUCAAAGAAAUGGAACCAUCUCAUAACUCAAGACCCACAUCUGCAAAACGCUCUCGCGAUGAAAGUCUGUACGAUCUGGACAGACAUUCACACAACAACCGCAAUAGUCGUCAUGACACUCAGCCAAGGAAGCAGAGAAAGAAGGAUCGGCCAAGAGACCGCCAAGGGAACAAUCAGCCUAAUAUCCCAAACGUGCCGGCAUAUCAGAAUCCUCUGCAUUUCACUCCUAAUAACUCAUCUCCCUAUGGGCUUCCAGCUCCUCCAUUCCAGAAUAUUCCCCAAAAUGCAUAUCCUGGGUAUCUGCAAAGCCAGUAUCCAGGCACUCCUCUGAACAACCAGUUCCAAAAUUCAAAUCAGCCUAAUUUGCCAGACCCUAAUGUUUUGCAAAUCCUCCAAAAUGUUGACCCAAACACUCUUCAACAAGUUAUAGCCCUUCUUCAACUGCAGCAGCAAGCACCGGCUAACCAGCAUCCGAACAUGAUGUAUCAGCCACAAGUUCAAGGAGGUUAUCCUGGUGGAUAUGGACAACCAACCCAUCCACCACCUCCUCCAAUGGUUCAGCAGCCGAGUCAGUUGAACAACCUUCUCUCACAACUUCAAACCCCUCAACAGCCUUAUCUGAAUCAGGGGUAUCAACAGCAGCUGCAUCAGCAACAGCAUCAACAGCCUAACUACCUGCCCAACUACCCGCAACAAGCUCAACAGCAGCAGCCUCCACAGCAGCCCGGACAGUCGUCCACGUUGAUGGAUAUGCUCGCUAGAUUGAGCAAGCAGUAG